CAGUUCGGAAGGAAUGCGUCAUAACGGAAGCACUUCGCUCAGCUUUCAAAGGAGCGAGACAACUCUGACAACUGCAUUAUUUUAAAAUAAUGCUCAACUUUAGUCCAACAACAUUUCACUUUAAAUAUAUUUUUCAAGUUUCUUAGUGGGAAAGUUUGAAGAAUCCUCUGGAAUUUUGGUUUGAAAAACAAUUGCGGAAUGCAAUCUUCAGACUGUGUUCUUGAAAUUUCCAAUGUCUUCUAUUCCACCUCGAUGUUUGCUGAGAGAAAUAGUUUUGGCAAAUAUGAACCCACGGCAAUUCUGAGAGACGUGUCGGCAAGAGUCCAUGGAGGCGAAAUUCUUUCAAUUUUGGGUUCGAAGGGCUCUGGAAAACGUGCUCUUCUGGAUGUGAUAGCAGGGAGAGUGGAUGGGAAGACGAGAGGGCGAAUAUCGCUGUGCGGCAAUCUGCUGACCUCAAAGGCGUUCAGGAAGCACGGAGGAUACGUGACCCACCAGUGUCACCUUCUGCCCAGUCUCACGGUCCACCAGACGCUGAACUACGCCGUGUGGCUCGCCAACCUCAAGAACAGGAGGGCCAGAGUGAGGCAGAUUGUGGCGGACCUGGCGCUCUCGCAGGUCGCGAGCAGGGCGGUGAGCGACCUCACGGGGCCCGAGUACAGGAGGCUCAUGCUGGGAGUGCAGAUUGCCAAAGACCCCAUCCUGCUCCUGCUGGACGAGCCGACCUGGGACACGGACCCUCUCAACACUUACCUGAUAGUGUCGAUGCUGUGGUCCUACGUGACCAGGCGCGGGUCGAUAGUGGUCCUGACUAUGGAGACGCCUCGCUCCGACGUUCUGCCAUUCGUGAGCCAAGUGACUCUGCUCUGUCUGGGCACCGUGGUCUACUCGGGGCCCACCAGGAGCAUGCUCGACUACUUCACGCACAUAGGAUUUCCCUGCCCGGAGCUGGAAAACCCACUAAUGUAUUACCUGUGUUUGUCAACUGUUGAUCGGCGGUCGAGGGAAAAGUUCCUGGAAUCUAAUAGACAAAUUUCAAUCCUGGUCGAAAAAUUUAAAACCGAAGGAGUCGUUUACAUGAAAGACGCGACCAGUAUUAAGGAGACGCGUUUGGGAAUGACGCACAAGAGUAUGCGUCUGGGGAUCAAGCCGAGAAGCUUCUCAACCGUAACAGCUCUAUAUGUAAGGUACAUGGCUGCCACAUUUGCCUUGAAUAAGUCUGGAUUAGGUCAUUUCGCAGCGAGGAUUAUGCUGUUGCCCUUCUCCACGGCACUGCUCAGCAUUCUCUAUGCCAAUUCGAGUUCCUUUCAAUCGAGAAUAUUCAUCCAAACCAGUGGGCUAGUUUUCAACAUUUUGACCCUGUUUUACGUGUCGGGAAUAACAGUCACUGCCCUCCUCUUUCCAAGUUUCCGGAUGAGAUAUUACCAAGAAAAACGUGAAGGUCUCUAUGGAGGAACCAUUUUCUUCCUCUCUUAUACUCUGCUGAGUUUACCUCUCAGUUUAAUCUCGACUUUGAUCACGAUCGGAAUCCUCGUUCCACUUUUAAAUCUCAACCUGUCGUCCUGGUUCUACAUUUCGUGUACUCUUUGGGCGAGCUACAUAGCGGCAGAGCAGCUGGCAAUUGCGCUCCUGAUGGUGAUCGAGUGCCCCUUCACCGGGGCAAUCACGGCGCUGUGUGUCGUGCUGGUCUCUCUUCUAAUUGCAUCGGGGGCCAUGAGGAGUUUCAAAAACUUGCCAGAGUUCAUGGUUGCAUUUUCGAGUGGCCUGCCAGCCAGGUAUGCCUCAUUAGUCUUAAACAAAUUGGCUCUGGACAGUCCCGAACUGCAAAACUUGCCCUACAACGAAACGACCAGCUGCCCAGGAAACAAAGAACUCUGCAGAUAUCCGGAUGGAAAAACUUACUUGCUCGAGCGAUUCACGAGAGACGGGGAAAGCCAAACAAAUGUCUUUAAUUUCCACUUUAAUUUUCUCAUAUCUUUGGCAUUUUCUUUAGGGCUCAUCGUUUUCAAUAGCAUUUUGUACACACUGACGCUGCCCGGACGACUGAGAAGAAAAUUUAGAGAAUAAAUUUUAAAAACCGCUGCCAAGUUAACUAUAACGUGCGUUAACGUGCGUUUCAUUCACACUUUGUUUCACUCGUCAUAUUUAUUAUAUGACUUUUUCAAGAGUCAAUAGAUUUAUUGCCUGAAAAUUUCACACCAAAAACUAACAUUCUCUAAGCAAAAUGAAAUAUUGUUCUAUUUUCAUCAAACAUUCAUCAUAUAGGUAGGUACUUCAAAAUCAGUUAAAUAUUCGUGAAAGACCGUCAUUUUUUGUUGUUAAUAAGUUUACUUUUAUUUCUAUUUAUAAGUAAGAUGAGGCAAAUAAUCGACAACUAAUGAUAGUUGCGUAAAUUUGUAUGUGAAUUGAAUUAAUUAAUUAAUACACAUUAAAGUGCAAUAUGCGUAACUUUCUGAUGGCAUACUUUAUUAUUGUAUAAUAUUAUGUAAACCGAACAAAACUUGUACGAAUCGUAUGAUAUAGUGUAAUUUUUGUUAGUACAUUUUAUCAAUAAGACAAUAGUGAUAGGUAAUUGAACAUUUUUAUUGAUGUAAAUAUUAGGUUUGAUUUGCACCUUAUUUGAAUAAAAAGUGGAGGUUCGACAUA